UUACACAGGAAGCGGUGACAUUCACACAGGAAGCGGUGACGUCACGCGCGGGCCGAGUGGGACUGAAGAUGGCGGAGUAUCUGGCCUCGAUUUUCGGCACCGAAAAGGACAAGGUCAACUGUUCGUUUUAUUUUAAAAUUGGAGCCUGUCGUCAUGGAGAUAGAUGUUCUCGUUUGCACAACAAGCCAACUUUCAGUCAGACCAUUGCGCUCUUGAACUUAUACCGUAACCCUCAAAACUGUACCCAGACAGCAGACGGUUUCCACUGUGCUGUUGGUGAUGUUGAAAUGCAAGAACAUUAUGAUGAAUUCUUUGAGGAGGUCUUCACGGAAAUGGAGGAAAAAUACGGUGAAAUUGAAGAGAUGAAUGUCUGCGACAAUCUGGGUGAUCACCUGGUUGGAAAUGUCUAUGUAAAGUUUCGCCACGAAGAAGAUGCAGAAAAGGCUGUGAAUGACUUGAACAAUCGCUGGUUCAAUGGGCAACCGAUCCAUGCAGAGCUCUCGCCAGUGACUGACUUCCGAGAAGCCUGCUGCAGGCAGUAUGAAAUGGGUGAGUGUACACGAGGAGGCUUUUGCAACUUCAUGCAUCUGAAGCCAAUAUCACGGGAGUUACGUCGUGAGCUGUACGGACGACGUCGUAAGAGCCAGCAGCAGGGUAGCCGUGUGACCUCGUCUGGUGACAAACGGCUGCUAACCAUCACCCCAAAACACUUAAUGGCUGCCAUCAGACACAGGUCAAGAUCAAGAUCUCGUGAGCGUAAGCGAUCUAGGUCACGGGAACGUGGAGGUCGUGGAGGGCGCGAUAGAGACCGUGACCGGAGGCGAUCCAAGGAUCGGGAGCGAUCUGGAAGAUUCUAAGGGUCUGGCAUCAGUCUACAUGACAGCUAGUUUAGAAGUACCACAUGCAACAUAGAAUUGGAAUUUAAUACUUUUUAUGUUCAGGUUUAAAAUAAAACCUCUUUUUUCCUUUUGAUGUUCAAUAAACCUUUUUAAAAUAAAAAUGGAGCUGAUGCUACCUGACCUGCA